CGUGGCGACUUCGGUGAAACAUCAGUGGUCUUCUCACUCUCUCUCUCAUUUUAUUUUGUUCCCAAACAUUCUCUUAUCUGCUUCUAUUAUCAUUGUGGCGGGAAGAACGAACGCGCAAAACCCCAACCAACUCAAAACCCCGCCUUUCUUCUUCCAAAUACCCUCAAAUCCCAGAAACCCCAACCCCCAUUGAAGAAACGAAAACAAAAGAAAAAUCUCUUUCUGCAACAGCAUGCAUUGGUUUGCAGCCAAAUCCAUCAUCGUUUCCUUCCCCCGAUGGCGGCCUCUCACUCUCUUGCUUCGAAGGCUCUCCGCCCGUCGAUUCAAUGCACUGCCAUUACCACUCAGGCAGGGAGAGAGAAUAAACUCUUUCAAAGCAGAAAGGGGCAGGAUUGUGAGAGGAGCCACUAAAGCAACUAGAAGGUCGAAAGAAUCAAAAUAUCUUAUAGAAGAAGAAGAUAAUUCACAUAUAAUGUGGUGGAAGGAGAAGAUGCAGACAUGCAAGAAGCCUUCUUCUAUUCAGCUUGUCAAAAGGCUCAACUAUUCCAAUUUAUUAGGGCUAGAUGUUAGCCUGAAAAAUGGGAGUUUGAAAGAAGGAACACUCAACAUGGAGUUGUUGCAAUUCAAAUCUAAGUUUCCCCGUGAAGUUUUACUUUGUAGGGUAGGGGAUUUUUAUGAAGCUGUUGGGUUUGAUGCUUGCAUUCUUGUUGAACAUGCUGGUUUGAAUCCUUUUGGCGGUCUGUGGUCAGAUAGUAUUCCAAGAGCUGGCUGUCCCGUCAUGAACUUGCGGCAGACAUUGGUUGACCUCACUCGCAAUGGGUUUUCUGUUUGCAUAGUUGAGGAGAUUCAAGGUCCAACUCAAGCCCGUACUCGUAAAAGUCGUUUUAUAUCGGGGCAUGCACAUCCAGGUAGCCCUUAUGUAUUUGGACUUGCUGGGGUUGACCAUGACGUUGAUUUUCCCGAGCCAAUGCCUGUAGUGGGAAUUUCUCGUUCUGCAAAAGGGUACUGCAUGAUUUCCGUCCUAGAGACUAUGAAAACAUUUUCAGUGGAGGAUGGCCUGACUGAAGAGGCAAUAGUUACCAAGCUCCGUACUUGCUGUUACCAUUAUUUAUUUCUGCACAUGUCCUUAAGACACAAUUCUUCAGGCACUUCUCGCUGGGGAGAAUUUGGUGAAGGAGGGUUGUUGUGGGGCGAAUGUAAUGGCAAGCGCUUUGAAUGGUUUGAUGGCACUCCUGUCAAUGAACUUUUGUACAAGGUAAGGGAGCUAUAUGGUAUUGAUCAAGAGGCAACAUUUCGAAAUGUCACUGUUUCUUCAGAGAAAAGGCCUCGCCCGUUGUAUCUUGGAACAGCCACGCAAAUUGGAGCCAUACCUACAGAGGGGAUACCUAGCUUGUUGAAAGUGUUGCUUCCAUCAAAUUGUUUCGGCCUUCCUGUGCUGUAUAUCAGAGAUCUUCUUCUUAAUCCUCCUCCAUAUGUGAUUGCGUCAGCAAUUCAAUCAACAUGCAAGCUUAUGAGCAACAUAACUUGUCCGGUUCCUGAGUUUACUUGUAUAUCGGCUGCAAAGCUUGUGAAACUGCUGGAGUCUAAGGAGGCUAAUCAUAUAGAAUUCCGAAGAAUCAAGAAUGUUGUUGAUGAAAUUUCACAUAUGUAUGGAAGCUCUGAGCUCUCUGCAAUCCUGCAGAUGUUAUUAGACCCUACUUGGGUGGCAACUGGUUUGAAGAUUGAAUGCAAGACCCUGGUAAAGGAGUGUGAAUUAAUUUCUCACAGAAUAGGUGAAAUUGUCUCCCUGGAUGGUGAAAAAGAUCAUGAAAUAAGUUCUUUCCCAAACAUUCCAGAAGACUUCUUUGAGGAUAUGGAGUCUUCAUGGAAAGGUCGUGUGAAGAGGGUUCAUGCAGAAAAAGCUUUUGCAGAAGUGGAGAGGGCAGCUGAAGCCUUAUCUAAAGCAGUUACAGAAGAUUUGCUUCCUAUCAUUUUAAGAGUAAAAGCUGUUAUGUCCCCACUUGGAGGUCCAAAGGGGGAGAUAUCCUAUGCAAGAGAGCAUGAAGCUGUUUGGUUCAAGGGAAAACGUUUUGCGCCAUCUGUUUGGUCUGGUAGCCAUGGGGAAGAACAAAUCAAAUUGCUCAAACCUGCUACAGAUUCAAAAGGAAGAAAGGUGGGAGAAGAAUGGUUUACCACAAGCAAGGUGGAGGAUGCAUUAAAUAGGUACCAUGAGGCAUGCGCUAAGGCAAAGGCUGAGGUCUUGGAGUUGUUGAGAGGGCUUUCUGCUGAGUUGCAGACUGAAAUAAAUGUCCUUGUCUUCUCUUCAAUGUUGCUUGUCAUAGCGAGGGCAUUAUUCUUACAUGUGAGUGAAGGGAGAAGAAGAAAAUGGGUUUUUCCUACCCUUGUUGAGUUCUCUAAAUCCUCGGAAAAUGAAUCACUUGAAGAAAUUAACAAAAUGGAGAUAAUAGGCUUAUCACCAUAUUGGUUUGAUGCAGCACAAGGCAAUGCCAUACAGAAUACAGUCAUAAUGCAAUCAUUGUUUCUUCUUACUGGGCCAAAUGGUGGCGGCAAAUCAAGUCUGCUUCGAUCGAUUUGUGCAGCUGCAUUGCUUGGAAUAUGUGGAUUGAUGGUGCCUGCUGAGUCUGCUAUUAUUCCACAUUUUGAUUCUGUUAUGCUUCACAUGAAAUCUUAUGAUAGCCCUGCUGAUGGGAAAAGCUCAUUUCAGAUUGAAAUGUCGGAGAUACGUUCUAUUAUCACUGGAGCCAGUCCCAGGAGCCUUGUGCUGAUGGACGAAAUCUGUAGGGGCACUGAAAUGGCUAAAGGGACAUGCAUUGCUGGUAGCAUUGUUGAAAUUCUUGACCAUAUUGGUUGCUUGGGUAUCAUUUCUACCCACCUGCAUGGCAUUUUUGAUUUACCGCUUACUAGAAAGAAUGCUGUCUACAAGGCGAUGGGAACAGAGAGUGCAGAUGGUCACACAAAACCUACAUGGAAGUUGAUAGAUGGGAUCUGUAGAGAGAGCCUUGCCUUUGAAACAGCCUUAAAGGAAGGUAUUCCUGAAGCAAUAAUCAGAAGAGCUGAAGAAUUAUAUCAUUCAAUAAAUGGAAGGGCAUGUUCUGAGAAUGACAUGAAAAAUGGGAAUCUGAGUCCUCCAGAUUCUGGAGUCAACGGUUUUGAUGAAGCCAGUGAUUCAUUGAGAAGGACUAGUAACGGGUUUACUCAUGUAUCAGACACACUGAACCCUAUUGAGAUACUGCAGAAGGAAGUUGAGAAUGCCGUUAUCAUAGUCUGCCAGAGGAAAUUGAUUGAUCUUUACAAAAAAAGGAGCUUGUCAGAACUUGCGGAGGUCACAUGUGUUAUGGUUCGUGCUAGGGAGCAGCCUCCUCCCUCAACAAUUGGUGCUUCAAGUGUUUAUGUACUGUUCAGACCCGAUAAGAAAUUAUAUGUUGGGCAGACGGAUGACCUUGUUGGCCGAGUUAGGGCUCAUCGUUCAAAGGAAGGCAUGGAAAAUGCAACAUGCCUUUAUGUUGUUGUUCCUGGGAAGAGUGUGGCAAGUGAACUGGAAACUCUGCUCAUCAACCAACUCCCUCGUCAAGGGUUCCGGCUCACCAACAAAGCUGAUGGUAAGCAUCGCAACUUUGGCACAUCCAAUCUCUCUUUAGAAAGUCUGACUGUCCACCAAUGAACUGACAAGCUCGUGGACAGCAAAGAGCUGACAACACAUGGUUGCUGAAUGCACCUUAUCAAAGGCUAUGCUGAAUUCCAAGCCUUACAGUUUUGUUGCAUCAACAUAUUCUGCUGUAAUUGUAUGGUUAUAGCACAUGAGGUUAUGCUGCUGAAUUCAUGGGAGUUGCACCAAUUUUGAUCUGAUGGUGGUCAGUCCAAUUUUGUAUAUACUAGCAGCAUAUCUUCUUCUCGUCCAUUUGUCAGGCUAACAAGCUAUUUGUUGUUUUGAAUGUGUGCAUCAAUGGUGAUGUUUCAUGUAUGUGGAUGUGUAGCGGAAGUCAAAACUAGUCAUCGGCAGCUAUUGCCUUAAAUGUA